AGAUGAAAGUGGGUGUAAACAUAAACUGAGCUCUCUCACUCUUUUCUUUCUUAUUCAUUAAGGAAGUUGACUCCUGCCAGUCUGAGCAGCAGCAGCAGCAGCAACACCAACACAAAGGUGAGACUCUCUGAGGGGCGUGACUGACUGACUGAAAUACAACCUCCUUAAAUAAACUUCAUCCAGGUGAAAGAAAAAUGAACAGCGCUGAGGCAAACGGCAGCACGAAGAUCUCCAAGAAGGCCAAGAUGAGCGGAGAAGCUUCGACUCUUCACCUGGACGGCAUCCCUCCGGACACGCUCAGUAAGGUGCAGGAGUACCUGGAGGGUUUCCAUCUGUCUCUGGUGAAGCUGCAGGAGGUUUCUGCUCGGCUGAGGAAGGAUAUGAUUCGAGGUUUAGGGAAACACACUCACCACAAGGCGCCCGUCAAGAUGCUGCCCACCUUCGUCAGGGCCAUACCGGACGGGACGGAGAAAGGCGACUUCCUGGCGCUGGAUCUCGGUGGAACGAACUUCCGGGUGCUUCACGUCCGCGUGAUAGAGGAGGAGCAGAAAGUGCUGAAGAUGGACAGUCAGAUCUGUGCCAUCCCGAAGGAAAUGAUGCUGGGACCUGGAGAACAGUUGUUCGACCACAUCGCCGCCUGUCUCAAUGAUUUCCUCGUCUCCCAGAAUCUGAAGGGACAAACUCUUCCUCUGGGCUUCACCUUCUCCUUCCCCUGCGAACAGAAAGAGAUCGACAAGAGCAUCCUGAUCCGCUGGACCAAAGGCUUCAACUGCUCCGGAGUGGAGGGCAAAGACGUGGUGAAGUUGCUGAAAGACGCCAUUCACAGGAGAGGGGACUACGAUAUAGGCUCUGUUGCCAUGGUGAACGACACGGUGGGCACGAUGAUGAGCUGCGGCUACAGAGACCAGAGCUGUGAGAUUGGCAUGAUCCUCGGUACGGGAACCAACGCCUGCUACAUGGAGGAGAUGAAGAACGUGAAGCGCGUGGAGGGCGAGGACGGGCGGAUGUGCAUCAACACGGAGUGGGGCGGCUUCGGAGAUGACGGCACCCUGAGAGACAUCCAGACGGAGUUUGACGUGGAGGUGGACAAGACGUCCAUCAACCCCGGUGUCCACGCCUUUGAGAAGAUGAUCAGUGGCAUGUAUUUGGGAGAAAUCGUCCGGCUGCUGCUGGUGAGGCUGACGGAGGACAAGCUGCUGUUUAAGGGACGGACAUCGGAGACGCUGCUGACCCCGGCAUCAUUUGGGACAAAGUUCAUCUCUGAGAUCGAGGAGCCGGACCGCGGUCUGGAAAACGCACAGAACAUUCUGACCAAGUUGGGACUGAAGUGGGAUUCGGUGGACUCCCGCGUGGUGCGUCUGGUCUGUCACACCAUCUCCUCACGCUCCGCCCGUCUCUGCGCCGCCGCCCUGGCAACCAUCGGCAACCGUAUCCGUGUCAACCGCGGGCUGGACCAUCUGAAGACCACCGUGGGCGUGGACGGAACGGUCUUCAAAAAACACCCCAAUUACAGCGAGGAGCUCCAGGCGACGGUGCGCCUCCUCGCCCCCGAGUGUGACAUCACCUUCCUCGUCUCGGAGGAUGGCAGCGGGAAGGGCGCUGCCAUGGUAACGGCUGUGGCGCAGCGGCUGGCUCUCCAGUCCCGACUGUUAGAGGACAGUGACGGCGAAGACGAGGAGGAGGAGGAUGAGGAAGAUGAAUAAAGAGUAGGAUGCAGAUGAUACACAACACUUUUUUUUAAAAAGCCAGUUUUCUCAUCCAGCUAAAUUUGUUGAUAUUAUAUAAGUGAGUCAAACUUCAGUUUUUCAUUUUCUGUUACAAACUAAUUUAAAUAUUAAAGGUUCCCUGUGGAGUUUUAGACGUCUAGUGGCACUAAAGGCAGAGAAGAAGAAGACUGCGAGCUAGUAAACAGGAUGUAAACAAUACAGGAUUAAACAAUAUGUUGGUAAUGUUUUCAUGAGGAAGGAAAUGCUUUCAGCAUGUCGGUUAGACCUCAAAGACACUGACGGUAAACAGGACUUUGUUUGUUUACAAGAAAAACUCCACAGGGCGCCUUUAAGACGGAGAAAAAGACAGAAAUUUAAAAUAAUGAUAAUAAUUUACAGAUUAAUUCUGGAUGUUGAGUUAUAGUUUUCAUCAGAGGAGCCAGAAGUGCCAAAAAUUAUUAGAUAAAUUAAAAUCAUUUUACAUUUUCAUUUUCAUUUAUCAGUUAUUAAUUACCUGUAUUUAUCAUUUAUCAUUGAGGAGGAACAACUUUCAUUAGUUUCCAGUUGAAACUUUGUCAUCUGUUUACUUGAUUAAAUUUGUGUUUGAGUUGAAGCCCCAAAACAAAAGCUUUAAAAAAAGAUGUUCACUAAAGCAAAAAUAAAAUCAGUUUACAUACUUCAUCACAUUUAUAUCAUCAUCAUAUUAAAACUUGAAAUUCUUUGUUUUGUUAUGACAAACCAAAAGUCACAUUUUAAAGCAGCUGAGAUGACCGAGACAAUAACAAACAGAAAAUAUGUAUAUAAGCAAAUAUUAUAUUCACAGAACUAUGGAUUUGAGGGUUAAUAUAUUUUCUUGGGUUUGAACUCUUUGACGAAUUUGCACCUUUUUUUUUUAAA